AUGUCUUUUGAACAAACCUUUACUCCUAUAGAAGUUAUGCAAGAGAAUUUGGUAGUCUCAAACGCAGAUGAGUCUAACGUUGUUGCUUCAAAUGGUCCGAAUGUAGAAAUUAAUUCAACUCCUAAUGAAAUUGAAAGUCCUAUUUCAUGUGAAGUUGACACUGAAGGUCUUAAAAGAAAGCUAACUUCUGAAGUUUGGAACCAUUUCAAAAGGCAAAAAAUAGAAGGAAAGUUGAAGGCCAUUUGUAACUAUUGUGGUGCAAAACUCUUGGGUGUUCCAAAACAAGGAACGUCACACUUAAAAUCACACAUUAAGUAUUGUCCACGUCGAACAAAUCAAGAUAUAAAGCAAGCUUUGAUAAAAACUGAACAAGUUGAUGGUCAAACUGUAAUGGUAGGUUCUUAUGCAUUUAACCAAGACAUAGCAAGGUAUGGUGUUGCUAAGAUGAUAAUUCUUCAUGAGUAUCCUCUAGCAAUGGUUGAACACAUUGGUUUUAGAGAAUUUUGUGCUUCUAUGCAACCUCUAUUUAAGGUGGUUUCUCGUAACACUAUCAAGAAUGACAUCAUGAAAAUUUAUAACGAUGAGAAAGAGAAUACCAUGAAGUUGUUGUCAAAGAAUUAA